ACGAGUUUGUCGCAUAUUGAAUCUACAAGAAGGUGUAGUGGAUAGAAGGUGUAGUGAUAAGCUGGAACACACACAUGGUCCAUAUGGCACUGGGAAUGGCGUGGAUGUUUGUUUUGGGGAUUUUAUGUGCUGCUGGUGCAAGGGAUGUCUCUGGAGCUGUGAUCAGGUCGUGCAUCAUCCCACACGUUCUCAAAGACAGGGACACUCUGCAGCCUUACGACCCCGACGUUUCGGCAAAUUACGUUUGCCCCCCGAACUACCGUCAGUUCGGAGACGACUGUUUCCAUCCAGUAGAAUUCGGGCAGCACUACAGGCCAGUCGUCGUCGUGCCAUUUGCUACAGCCCAGCAGACGUGCCAGGAGCAGGGGGCAGAGGUCGUGUCCCUUCUGGACCUUCGGGACCCGGAUGUUCUGCAGGCUGUCGUGGAAAUCCCAAAAGAACAUAUCCUGAGGGACUUGCUGAUGUUUGACCAGAGCAGCUGUGUGGAGCGGAGCGACUCCAGCUCGGUGUGGGGAGAGCAGCUCUGCGUCAAGCGGUGCAGCGAGGCCCUGCAAAAGAUGAUCAUCUGCCGUCGUCCCGCCGAUCCUGUCCAGAACUAGGGCUAUCUGGUUAUAGGGCUGUCAUUAUAGCAUAAACAAACAAGAGGCGAUGAGUGUGGAGCAGGCCUAGGUUUAGAUAUAACAUGUAGUAAGCGUAACGAGUGGAAACCUGUAACGUUAGUUGGACUAGAUUAAGGAACUCGCUCUCUACAGUCACCCUGGCUACGUUUGCUUGGUCAGGAGACUUAAUAGAAAUAACUAGAGCUGAGUGUUAUGUAUUUCCUGAAAAGACUGAGUGCAAUAAAGAUCACUCGUUUAA